AUGCGAUGCCCUGGGCCGGCGGGCGGGGAAGGGAGGCGGCGGCACAAAGGCCGAGGCGCGCUGGGGCGGCGAGGGCCUGCAGGUGGGAGCGCGGGCGCUCCGGCGGGCUGGGCGAUGCCUCCCCCCUGGGCGCGGCUGAGCCUGGCCCUGCUGCUGGCUCUGGGGCCCGGGCCGGCGCUGCCCGGGCCGGCCCGCACCUGCGAGGCCAACGGGAGCCUGUACUACGUGGGCGAGUGGUACUUCCUGGAGCGGGAGCCCUGCACCCAGUGCGAGUGCACCCCGCGCGGGCCGGCCUGCGCCCGCGCCCACUGCGCCGCCCUGCCGCCCGCCUGCAUCCACGUCAGCCACUACCCCGCCGACUGCUGCCCGCGCUGCGAGCGGGUCGGCUGCGAGCGCCGAGGCCACGUGUACGAGCUGGGGCAGCGCUUCCAGCCAUCAGAAUGUGAACAGUGUACCUGUGAUAUGGAUGGCAUAGCUCGCUGCCUAGUAGCAGACUGCGCCCCUCCACCAUGUGUCAAUCCAGUCUACGAGAAGGGCCACUGCUGCCCCACCUGCAAAGAUGGGCCCAACUGUUAUGUGGAUGGGAGCCAGCAUCAAAUCAUCCCUUCUGGGGAAAGCGUCUGGGUGGGGCACUGUAUGCGUUGCCGGUGUCAUGAUGGCCAAGAUGCUGGCUACUGGGAAGGAAAUCGUGUAGCCAAGUGUGAGCUGUUACCAGGCUGCCAGGCUACAGCUGGACACCCUGCUUGAGCUUGUAAUGCCCAACAAAUCCUCAGCCAUGCCACAAAAUUAACACGUUA